UCUAGUCGAAAGGGAGUUGACGUAAUCUUUUCAGUAAAUCAAGGUACUCUAUCUGUUCUUUUUUUUGCUUGUGUGCAGAUAUACGACCGCUUUUCAUCUGAACUGGAAAAUAACCUCAUCAAGGAAGCAACGAAUGCAGUGGAAGCCUGUCUGGUGGAGACUUAAACACUGCUAUAAUGGGUGUUAUUCAUAAAAGUGGGCUUGACCAUUUUUUUGCGAGCAUACUCUGAUGAACAAUAUUAUACUUAAUUUUAACGCUUAUUUGUUUUCGCUACUUUUCUAUGGUGUUCUAGUCUUCGUUUCGAUCUUCAAAAGAGAGUAAUUUUUGGAAUCAUACUACUGGGUACUGGGUGAAAGUCCUAAACUGCUGCAAUGUCUGGGGCGUCUGUGAAAGUCGCUGUCCGAGUUCGUCCCUUUAACUCGAGAGAGACAAGCAAGGAGUCAAAAUGCAUCAUUCAGAUGCAAGGCAAUUCUACCAUUAUAUCCAACCCCAAGAACCCAAAGGACCCAGCAAAGUCCUUCAGCUUUGACCACUCCUACUGGUCCCACACUACGCCAGAGGACCCCACCUUUGCCUCACAGAGCCUUGUGUACAAUGACCUUGGCAAGGAGAUGCUGCAGCAUGCCUUUGAUGGCUACAACGUCUGCAUCUUUGCCUACGGCCAGACCGGAGCUGGCAAGUCCUACACCAUGAUGGGCAGGCAGGAGGAAGGACAGGAGGGAAUCAUUCCCCUGCUCUGUGAAGAACUCUUUGAGAAAAUCAAUGACAACAACAAAGACGAGAUCUCAUUCUCAGUGGAGGUCAGCUACAUGGAGAUCUACUGCGAGCGGGUGCGGGACUUGCUCAACCCGAAGAACAAAGGGAACCUGCGUGUGCGAGAGCACCCCCUGCUGGGGCCCUACGUGGAGGACUUGUCCAAGCUGGCCGUCACCUCCUACAACGACAUCAACGACCUCAUGGACGCCGGCAACAAGGCCAGGACGGUGGCAGCCACCAACAUGAACGAGACCAGCAGCAGGUCCCACGCUGUCUUCACCAUCGUCUUCACACAGAGGAAGUACGACAGUGAGACAGACCUCUCCACAGAAAAGGUCAGCAAAAUCAGUCUGGUGGACUUGGCAGGAAGUGAGCGAGCUGACUCUACUGGAGCCAAAGGCACCAGGCUAAAGGAGGGAGCCAACAUCAACAAAUCUCUGACCACAUUAGGGAAGGUCAUCUCUGCCCUGGCUGAGGUGGAUUACACUACCAGCAAGAGCAAAAAGAAGAAGAAGACUGACUUUAUCCCGUACAGAGACUCGGUUCUGACAUGGCUGCUUAGGGAGAACCUAGGUGGAAACUCCAGAACAGCCAUGGUAGCCGCCCUCAGUCCUGCAGAUAUCAACUAUGAUGAAACCCUCAGCACACUUCGCUACGCUGACCGGGCCAAGCAGAUCAAGUGCAAUGCCGUCAUCAACGAGGACCCCAACAACAAGCUUGUGCGCGAGCUGAAGGAUGAGGUGACACGGCUGAAGGACCUGCUCCGCGCCCAGGGCCUGGGAGACAUCCUGGACAACCUGAAAGACAUACACAACAAUAAGCAUAGAUACUUGCUAGCCUCAGAGAACCAACGCCCUGGCCAUUUCUCCACAGCCCCUAUCGGUUCCCUGACAGCCUCGCCGUCCUCUGGCUCGCUCUGCAGCCUAGUUGGCCCACAGUCGGUCACCAGUAUCCAGGAGCGCAUCAUGUCCACCCCGGGAGGGGAAGAGGCCAUCGAGAGACUCAAGGAAUCUGAGAAAAUCAUUGCUGAGCUCAAUGAGACCUGGGAGGAGAAGCUUCGGAAGACCGAGGCAAUACGAAUGGAGAGGGAAGCCCUGCUGGCUGAGAUGGGCGUGGCUAUCCGUGAGGAUGGCGGCACUCUCGGGGUCUUCUCUCCUAAAAAGACCCCUCACCUGGUCAACCUGAACGAGGACCCAUUGAUGUCAGAAUGUCUGCUGUAUUACAUCAAAGACGGAAUCACAAGGGUGGGCCAGGCGGACACUGAGAGACGGCAGGACAUUGUUCUGAGCGGAGCCCACAUCAAAGAGGAGCACUGCAUCUUCCGCAGCGAAAGGAACGCCAAUGGAGACGUGGUUGUCCUGAUGGUGCCUUGUGAGGGAUCGGAGACCUAUGUCAACGGCAAGCGAGUUGGAGCGUCAGUGCAGCUUCGUUCAGGAAACCGUAUCAUCAUGGGGAAGAACCACGUGUUUCGGUUCAACCAUCCGGAGCAGGCGAGGGCAGAGAAGGAGGAGAAGGAGAAGGAGACCCCAACAGCAGAGACCCCAGUAGAGCCAGUGGACUGGACCUUUGCCCAGAGAGAGCUGCUGGAGAAGCAGGGCAUCGACAUGAAGCAAGAGAUGGAGAAAAGAUUGACUGAGAUGGAGAUCUUGUACAAAAAAGAGAAAGAGGAGGCGGACCAACUUCUGGAACAGCAGAGACUGGUCUAUGAGAGCAAGUUGCAGGAACUUCAGAAACAGGUGGAGACCUGUUCACUGGCUGUGGAGACGCCCGACGAAGAGGAAGAUGAAGARGAGGAAGAGGAGGAAAUCACCCACUCAUCAGAAAAGAUUGAUCAAGUGCCCUGGACACAGCAUGAGUUUGAGCUAGCGCAGUGGGCCUUCAGAAAAUGGCGGUACCAUCAGUUCACCUCGCUCCGCGACCAGCUGUGGGGCAAUGCGGUCUACCUGAAGGAGGCCAACGCCAUCAGUGUCGAAUUAAAGAAGAAGGUGCAGUUCCAGUUCGUAUUGCUGACGGACACCUUGUACUCACCGCUUCCCCCGGAGCUGUCGCCCCCCGAGCUGGAGAAGGAGCGCGGCUCACGCCCGUUCCCCCGCACCGUGGUGGCUGUUGAGAUACAGGACCUGAAAAAUGGCGCCACGCACUACUGGUCCCUGGAGAAGCUCAAGCAGAGGCUGGACCAGAUGAGAGAGAUGUACGACCGCGCCGGGGAAAUGGCUUCCUCCAAUCAGGACGACAACGAGGGGGCUCUGACUGGAACUGACCCCUUCUAUGACCGCUUUCAUUGGUUCAAAUUGGUGGGGAGCUCCCCCAUCUUCCAUGGCUGCGUCAACGAGCAGCGGCUGGCCGACCGCACGCCCUCACCCACCUUCUCCACGGCCGACUCAGACAUCACAGAGCUGGCGGACGAGCGACAGAGCGAGAUGUCGGACUACUUGGACGACGAGGCGUUCGUGGACGAUACCAGCUCAGACGCUGGCACCGAGGAGGGCUCGGAUAUCUUCAGCGACGGCCAGGAUCCCUUCUACGACCGCUCCCCCUGGUUCAUACUGGUGGGAAGAGCCUUUGUGUACCUGAGCAACCUGCUCUACCCCGUGCCCCUGGUCCAUCGUGUUGCCAUAGUGACGGAGAAGGGCGAUGUGCGUGGUUUCCUGCGUGUCGGUGUCCAAGCCAUCGCUGCUGACGAGGAGGCCCCAGAUUACGGGUCAGGAGUGAGACAGUCGGGAACUGCCAAGAUAUCCUUUGACGACGAGUACUUCAAAAAGAAUGACUUUCCUUCCACAGUCAUGACCUGCUCUGGCCUUUCUCUGGAGGAGCUGCGCUUCGUGGAGGGCCAGGGUCAGAGUUCAGAGAUCAUCACCCCCUCCGAGGAGCAGAACAGAAUCAAUGACAUGGACCUGAAGCUGGUUCAGGGGAACUUGGUUGACCCUAAGCUUAGUUGCGAAGAAGGUCUGACCGGCCAACUGGAGGUGGGCAGUAUCUUUACCUUCCGUGUGACCGUGCUCCAAGCCAGCGGCAUUCUACCAGAGUAUGCCGACAUCUUCUGCCAGUUCAAUUUUCUCCAUCGUCACGACGAAGCCUUCUCCACAGAGCCUCUGAAGAACACUGGGAAAGGAACUCCUCUGGGCUUCUAUCACGUCCAGAAUAUUUCAGUGGAGGUGACUGAGUCGUUCAUUGAGUACAUCAAGACCAAGCCCAUCGUGUUUGAGGUGUUUGGUCACUACCAGCAGCACCCUCUGCACCUGCACGGUCAGGACCUCAUAAGUCCUCCUCAGGCUGCCAGGAAGUACUACCCUAUUCCAAUGCCACUGUCUAAGCCAGUACCAGCCACCAAGCUCAACACCAUCAGCAAGUCCAACCUGGGCCAGUGUGUGAGCAAGUACGACCUGCUGGUGUGGUUCGAGAUCAGCGAGCUGGAGCCCACCGGAGAGUACAUACCAGCUGUGGUGGAUCACAGUGGAGGACUGCCCUGCCAUGGAACCUACCUACUGCAUCAGGGGAUUCAGCGCCGGAUCACCGUCACCCUCAUCCACGAGAAGGGCAGCGAGCUCCACUGGAAGGACGUGCGUGAGCUGGUUGUUGGUCGGAUCAGGAACAAGCCAGAGGUGGAUGACUCGGCAGCAGAUGCCGUCCUGUCCCUCAACAUCAUCUCGGCCAAAAAUAUCAAAUCAUCCCACAACGCUAACAGGACCUUCUACAGAUUCGAGGCUGUGUGGGACAGCUCUCUGCACAACUCCCUUCUGCUCAACCGAGUCACUCCCUACGGAGAGAAGAUCUUCAUGACCCUGUCUGCAUACCUGGAGCUCGACCACUGCAUUCAGCCUGCCAUUAUUACCAAAGACAUCUGCAUGGUCUUCUACUCCCGAGACGCCAAGAUCUCCCCUCCCCGCUCCCUGAGGAACCUCUUUGGAAGCGGCUACUCCAAGACCCCUGACUGCAACAGAGUGACUGGCAUCUAUGAGCUGAGCUUGUGCAAGAUGUCUGACACAGGAAGCCCAGGUAUGCAGCGGAGGAGGAGGAAGAUUCUGGACACUUCUGUGGCCUACGUCCGGGGAGAGGAGAACCUGGCUGGCUGGAGGCCCAGAGGAGACAGCCUCAUCUUGGAGCACCAAUGGGAGCUGGAGAAAAUGGAGCAGCUGCAUGAGGUGGAGAAGACGCGUCACCUGCUGCUGCUGAGAGAGAAGCUGGUGGAGACUGCUCCAGCUACAGGCCCUGGGGGGCCCACCAGCAAGUCCCUGAGCGAGUCACUGUCCCCUAGCAUGAGCAGCGGAACCCUGAGCACCUCCACCUCCAUCUCCUCCCAGAUCUCCAGCACCACCUUCGAGAGUGCAAUCACACCCAGCGAGAGCAGUGGCUACGACUCGGCCGACAUCGAGAGCCUGGUGGACCGCGAGAAGGAGCUGGCCACCAAGUGCCUCCGCCUUCUGACCCACACUUUCAACAGUGAAUACAACCAGGUGUGCAACAGCAUCAGUGACUGCAAGCUGUCAGACAUCUCCCCCAUGGGCCGUGACCCGUCGGUGACCAGCUUCAGCAGUGCCACCCUCACCCCCUCCUCCACCUGCCCCUCUCUGGCUGACUCCCGCUGUAGCUCCGUGGAUCAGAAGACCCCAGAGGCCAAUUCUCGCGCCUCCAGCCCCUCCUGCUCGGACUAUGAGAACUUCCCCAUGGUGCCCACCCUGGAGACGUCUUAUCUGGCUCGAGCCGGCAAAAAUGAGUUCCUCAACCUGGUGCCCGACAUCGAGGAGAUGAGACCAGGGUCUGUGGUGUCCAAGAAGGGUUUCCUGAGCUUCAUGGAGCCGCGGUCCAACUCGUGGGUGAAGCACUUUGUGGUGGUGCGCCGACCCUACGUGUUUAUCUACAACAACGACAAGGACCCGGUGGAGAGGGGAGUGCUCAACCUGUCCACUGCCCAGGUGGAGUACAGCGAGGACCAGCAGGCCAUGCUCAAGACACCCAACACAUUCGCUGUGUGCACAAAGCACAGAGGGAUACUGCUCCAGGCCAACAAUGACAAAGACAUGAACGACUGGCUAUACGCCUUCAACCCGCUUCUAGCGGGAACAAUAAGGUCCAAGUUGGCGAGAAGGCGCUCUGGUCUGCUGAAGAACUGAUAGUUCGUCUGUGUGCAGGAAAACAUGGCUCCUAUUCUUCAGACUAGCCUUGGAACACAUACCAAGUGUUAACACUUAUUAACCAUUGUGAUUCUUGACGGUUUUCUCUUGUACGUAGACUUGUGGCUUAAGUCUCCUCAAGCAACUAAAAGUUUCAGUUCCUGAAAAUCUGCUUACCCCCCUAUCCAAACCUCCCCCUCUCCCAGCCUCUCGUGUUUUCGUUUGGGAUUCGUUUUCGUGUUUUGUUUCGCUUUGUCGUCAUUACCCCUCCCUGACCCCUCUAACUAGUAGCAUGUCGUAAUAGUCUACUUGUAUGUGCACGAUUCUUCAGAAACAGGUUCUGACCACUCUUUUUAAGUUUACUAAUCGUCUGUAAAGAUUGUCUUUAUCAGUGUUAGCUGUCUAUCAAGAAUAUUUUAUUUUAUUUUACGCGCCCGCAUGACAACAGCAGCAUUCCUCAGGAGAAGACCAGGUUUGCUUAUUUUACACACCAAAAAAAUCACAAAUAUGACAGUUAAAAAAAACUACUGGGAAACAAAAAAGAUGAGGAACUACAUGAGAAAUAUCAGUUUACGCUCUCCAACAGAAAGCACCGCUGGUUCAAGAACUAUUGCUGCUAGUGAAAACAGGUUUUCCAGUCUACGAGACUUUGCAUUGGGCCUCUGCCCCUCUUAAAGUAUAAUCUAGCCCUCAUACACCACCCCCCACUCCACUGAAUUUUUGUGAGAAAUACCGAACGGGAAAACAACAACUGUUGGUAAAGAUUGCCAUUUUCAGUUAGACAUUACUGCAGCAUUGGAGAAACACUAUUGUUAUCCACGUGGUAUCCAUGUCCCACUGUUUUAACCUCUGUAUACACAAAUCCACCCCAAAUUUAAGCAUUGCUGUCUGUCUACCUGCAAGGACUUUCAAAGCGAUUUGGCGUAUAGGAGUAUGACAUUAGAAAUACAACUAGCGAAAUAAACACGAUUCAGUAAUGAAAAUAUUAAAUUGGACUAUUCCCAUGAAAAUACAUUACUGAACACCCCUCUACUCUUUUGCCAGUUCAGCUGUCCUUGAUAUCUCAGUCACUGAAUAGAUAGAUAAAUAGAGCAGGAAUAUACCAAGUCACCGAUAGAGGGAGGAGGAGGGGGGACAGUACUGUGAGGAGAAUGUAAUUUGUACAUAAUGUUCCAGGAUCCUUGUGCUAGUCGCCUCUCAUUAAGGAUUUAAAAGACAUUCCUCUUAGAAUUUGUUAGUCUUACUCUUAGUGCUUUUCCUACACUGCUCUAUUUAGGUUCAUGGCUAGUCGGCUCACAUAGCCACACUGGACCUCAGCAUUUAUUCAGUGUUUUAUCAUUGCGUCCUUGUGUAACAACUAAAGACAUAACACAGUGCAAACAAAAGGAACCAAGGGAACUAAGUAGGGUUGAAUAGCCUUGACCCCUUGGUAGAGUUAUUUGGUGAAGGUUGUAGUGUGUUGCCUUGCAGAAAUAGACCAGAUGAUAGCCUGUAUCUGGUCCAUUCAUUCUCAUGAAAACCAUCAGGUACUGUGUUUCUUCGGGUGAAAUGGUGAAUGAACAGGGUGAGCUGAUUUCCCACAGAAUCCCAUACAUUUUGCUUUUGUUAUUCUUUCUUGAAUCUAAACCUCAUUAACUCAGCUAACUACUCAUAAGUUAUUUUUUUUAUUAGCACUGUUGAUUAUUUUAUACUAUGCGGUCAUUCCAUAAUGGAUUUUGAUAUGAAAUAAUGGAAAAAAUGCGAAAGGAGGGAAGUUUUAUCCAGCUAUGUUUUAACAUUAUUUUGCACAUUUACAUAUAACUAUAGCAAGACUAUAGAGCAGACCAGACAUAUUCAAGCCAAGAUUGAUUGAAUCUUAGCCCCGGCAGUAAAUACGAGGUCUUCUAACGUAAGUAUUGAUAAGAAAGUGACAAGGUUGAUGGGUUACCACCCAGCUAACACAAAACGUUUCACAACCUAAAAAAAAAGUUCCCGUAAUAUUCUGGGAACCAGAAUGUGUUAGCUAGGCAGUGUGCAUGAGGAUGUGUUGAUGAGUAUCUCUGAGACUGCUAAUGUUUACUAACUAUAGACCACUGUCUGGGAUCAAAGGGAUAGAAUAUGCUCUGAUGCUUUUUCUGAUGUUAUUAUUUAUGAAAAUAUUUGCUCUGCUCGUCACUAUAGGUCAACUACGGCCACACGUUUUAGGUCCGUCAAAAUUAUGAAGUGACAUUAAAAUGGGGGCUCUGUCUCUACAUUUGGUUGCUUUGUACUGUACUGCACGAAUGUAAAGAAUGGAAUAUUCAGAGGGCUAUGAGAUGGCUCUGGCCAACCAACCAGUAGUUCCUUUUGCCCUCGGCACACUGCAAAGAUGAGUUGAAGUUUGAGUGUGUAGAGACAGUGACAAUUGUGGACAACCCUCUGUGUUUGGGGCUUCAUGAAGUUAUUCGCUAAAAUUAAGACAUAAUUUUUCAGUUUGGAAAUUCAUCGACAACAUUUUCUCAGAACAAAUGAAAAUCGCUGAAAGACAUUCUGCCCUCAGGCCAACCAACCUAUAGCAGGGCAGAUAGAAAAACCUUUGGCUCGUUGUUGGAUUGUUACUUUAAGAGCUGCAGAAAUGGUUCUCCAUGUCAGGGUAUCCGUACUGAAAACUGAUCAGUUGUAGGAGGACAAGCUUUCCUCAACCUCCAAGAUUACAGAGCAGCCUCUAUGCACUGAUCAACAGCAAAGUUUACCUCCCAUUAACUUCACUGUAUUGAAUAAUGACAUGUAUGAGCUAAUAUUAACAUAUUGAUAUGAUUACCUGUCAAAGCAAAGAUUUCCACUUGGCAACUAAUCUAUAUGAUAGAUACUAUUAUGGAUUGUUUCAUCUGUAUUUAUCGUUUUGCAAUGUAUAUAUUAGUUUGCAGCUCUUUGCACAGAAUAAUAAAAGGUAUAACUAACUGAUCAAAUAAAGUCUGCUCAAUUUCAGUUGUUUCACUACAAAUGAACCAAAUGAUGGCGUGCAGCAUUUGCAAGCUGAGGCAGUUUGAAGAGUAAGUUGAAUGUACUAUCAGGAUGUUGCUGUGUAUUAUUUCCAUUUAUCAAAAAGGAACUAAAAUGUAACCCAUUUAAGCCCAAUUGUAGGGAGAUGGGUCACUUUAGUGCUUCCUUUUAGAAAGUAGUCUGAAAUAAGUUUGCUUUUGAACUUAAACCAUAUUAGUGAUAGCUAGCCAUCUAGAAUGUUGCAGUUGCGCUUUUUGUUAUUUCUUGUUUGUUUUUCUAAUAUCAGGGAGUAUAUUAAGAAGUAGCUAUUGUUGUUAGGCAUCCAAAAUUACAGUAUACCACUUUACCAUUGUUUCUCAAGAUGUCUUCACCUCAACGCUUUCCCAUGCUGCCUUUAAAACAAAACUAGCCAUGAUAUUUUGCAUCUUCCCCACUGACCCCAGUCAGAAGACUUAUUUGUUUUUAACUGACAUUCCUUCUGAUUUGUUCACAAAAAUGACAAACCACGACAUUAUCACUGUACAUUAUUUGUCAGAUUGGCUUCAUUUUCAUACUUAUUUUGUAAAUAUCUGUGUUGUAUGGGGCUUGAAUUAAAAUGUAAAUAUGUUUCCUGUAUUUGUAAUAAUCAUAAUCCAUUCGCUGUAUAGCCUAGAUGUGUCAUGCAGAUGUCCUAAUUCUGUGUAUGGUAAUCUUGCACCAUUGAGCUGUUUAGUGAAUGAGGUAACAAUAAAAGUACAACCCGUGCAUAAGCAGAAUAAAUUAAA